CCUCCUGGUGCUCCGGGAAUGCCAGGUCGUGAAGGUCUACCAGGACAGCAAGGUCCUAAGGGACCUCCUGGACCAACUGGCCGACAAGGAGAUGAUGGCCAGCCAGGAGCUCCAGGAAAACAAGGUGCUCCAGGUAUACAGGGUGAGAGAGGAAUAUGUCCCAAGUAUUGUGCUGUUGAUGGUGGUGUUUUCUUUGAAGACGGAACUCGUCGUUAA